AUGGAAGCCAAGCCGAGCAAGUUCAAGUUCGACCCCAUGUCGAUGCUCCUCCCUCACGAGCGGGCCGCGAUGAUGGGUCCACCAGCGCAGCCAAAGCCACCUCCUCCGCCGGGCUCACAGGCCAUGUUUAGGCCACCACUGCAGCAUCACCAUCAGCAGCAACAGUCACAGCAACAGCGUCUCCACGCACAACAGGCCCAACCCCAGCCGCUCCCAGCGAUCCAGACUCACUAUGUGCCAGUUCCACCCGGACAAGCAGCACCCCUCUCGCCACCCGCCUCGCUCAUGUCAACACCACCGUCUGCCUGGGAAGUAUCAUCCGCAUGGGGCGGAAUGGAGAACGUAAUGGAAGGCUCGUCAUCGUCGUCGGUACAGCAGUGGCAAGCCGGCUUGGCGCCACGAUCGCAAGCUGGCUAUCCCCUCGCGCCUCAAGCGCACCCCAGUAGUGGGCGCGUUUCACUCGCAGACUGGGAGGUCGUCGAGACCCUCGGCACCGGCACGUUUGGGCGGGUUCUGCUCGUCCGCCAGAGACCAUCCUACCGCCAAACAUCCUACCACCCUAUCUUCCCCAACCUGUACCAGCCCACCGAUCCGCAAGCCCCGUCGCCUGUCACGACACAACAUGCCGACGGACAACUCCCGCACUUUGCUAUGAAGGUGUUGCGCAAGUCGGAGAUUGUGCGUCUCAAGCAGGUCGAGCACAUGAACUCUGAACGACGCAUUCUUGAAAAGGUGCGACAUCCAUUCAUUGUCGAACUGCACGCGACAUACCAGGACAAUCUCAACGUCUACAUGCUUCUCACCUACGUCCCUGGUGGCGAGCUCUUCUCGCACCUGCGACGCGCGGGGCGCUUCUCGCCCGAUGUUACGCGCUUCUACCUCGCGUCGAUCGUCCUAGCGAUCGAAUACCUACACUCGAAGAACAUAAUCUACCGCGACCUCAAGCCUGAAAACCUUUUGCUCGACCGCAGCGGGUAUCUACGCAUCGCGGACUUCGGUUUCUCCAAGGUCGUCGAGGACCGGACGUUUACGCUGUGCGGCACGCCCGAGUACCUUGCGCCCGAGAUUGUGCUGUCACAGGGGCACGGCAAGGCUGUCGACUGGUGGGCGCUCGGAAUCCUCGCCUUUGAGAUGCUCGCCGGCUACCCGCCGUUCUUCGAUGACCACCCCUUGGGGAUCUACGAGAAGAUCCUUCGUAACGAAGUCUCGUUCCCCUCGCACAUUGACCCAUAUGCCAAGGACUUGAUUCGGAACCUCCUCGCCGCUGACCGCACCAAGCGCCUCGGUAACUUGCGUGGCGGCGCGCGCGAUGUCAUGAGUCACCCUUGGUUCCAGGGCGUCGACUGGGGAGCACUGGAGCGCAAGGAGAUUGGUGCGCCCAUCGUACCAAGAGUGGGCAGUAUGAGCGAUUCUCAAAACUUUCAACGAUACCCACCUCCCCGUCCCACCGAAUUACCUGGCAUCUUUGGUGCGCCUUACGAUGAGAGCGAGGACCCAUAUGCUUCCAUGUUCCGCGAGUUUAGCUCUCCGCGCCGCGACGACGCCAUGGACGAGGCCUAG